CCCGGUUGGAACCUCCGCUGCGACACGCUGCCCCAGACAAACCCGAUUUUUGCUACACCAUCUCCGGGGUACCCCACUAUCACCAGCUUUAAGGUCCAGGAACACCCGUAUAGGCAUGAGUGACAACCAGAGCUUGAGCGGUCAAGCAGUGCCAAAAGCCGCAGGGUUGGCUAGUGGUCCAGACGCCAAUGCCGGCAUACUGGAGAAGAACCCGACCGACAUCACCUCGAUAUUGAACCCGUCACGCUCCACGGCGCAUCUGACCACGCUGGGGGACAGUCUCAGUCCAGGCACAAAACCGGCAGACCUCCAGCCUCUUCAUGAGAGCAGCAACGAGGCAGAGGAUGCUGCUGACAACGACAACGACGACGGCGACGCUGCGGAGGACGACAAUGACAAUGACAAUGACAACGACCACGACAACGACCACGACAACGAUAACGACGAAGAGGAUGAAGAUGAGGACGAUAACGGCCGUCGAAAUGGCCAGGAAGAGAACGAUCUUAUGCAGACGGGCAAGAAGCAUCAUGCAAGGCUACCUCCCCGGAAACGGUCGAAAGUCUCGAGAGCGUGCGACGAGUGCAGAAGGAAGAAGGUGCGGUGCAAUGCGGUGUUCGACAUGAAUUCCAACUCUAUAGUCAAAAUAUGCACCAAUUGCGAGAAAAACAACGACUCGUGCAUGUUCACAAGAGUGCCGCUUAAACGGGGUCCGAACAAGGGCUACACGAAGAAGUCUUCAUCUUCGUCGUCAAUAAAUUCGUCUCAUACCAAGCCAAAAAACUCCAAGAGGCUGUCGCUGGAUUCGCCAGAAAUGCCACCGAGCCCGACCUUUUUUAAUCCGUCCGGUCAUCCAGACACAGAGAUGCUUAGAAUUGAUUCUAACGCCUCUAUCAGGAGCAACAGCAACAGAAACAGCACUCUGUCGCAAUUUGUGCCUCCCCCUCCACCGCACCCCGCCAGCUCUGUCCAGCCACCGUAUAACAACCAGCAGGUCAUUUUACCACCCUUGAACUCCAUACCAUUUUCCGACAAACUGUCCGAUCCUAAUAAUCAACAAGCUAUUUUCUGGAAAGUCCCCACCGAGAUGCCAAGUCUACCUCCGAAUUUGGGCUCGCAUGCCAGAAAAGGAUCAGUGGACUCCACCCAUUCUUCGUUGAGCUCAGCAUCUUCAAUAUCAUCUGUUACGAGAAAUUCCUUGUUGUUCAGCACAGGCCUCAACAGAGAAGCCAAGUCUCUAGUCAACGCUGGUGUUGAGAAUUCGGAUUCUGAGGACGAGUUUUUAGCCACUACUUCAGGCCGUUUAUCAAGAUCAACAUUUCAGGUCCCAUUCACCUUACAGAGCAGAUCUCCAAGAGUGUCCUUCACAAGCGAUAAAGAACAACGCUCUAGCGCUUCAUCCAUCAUGGCACCCAACUCGAUCUCUUCUCCUACUGCUCGUGUGGCGAGCCCAAGAUUCGAAUCUAUUCAACCUAGGUCCAGCAGCCAAAAUAAUCCAAAUUUCAGAUCAACGGAAUACAAAGAUUCACUUUAUUCACUAUUAGAUAACUACUAUGCCAACCUGUAUCCGCAAUACCCAUUGCUCCCUAACCCAGAGAUCAUGAAGAUGUCAAUAGGGUCCAUAAUUGACAACUCUGAUUUUUUCACCAUUAUUGAGUUAUUUUCUGCAUCGCUUCACUUCAUCAAUGUUAUCACAAGCUCCACAAAUUCAACCCCAGUACAGACAUAUUCAUCUAGUCCAAGCGAACCGCCUUCUUCAAUGGCGGUCAGAUUUAGAGAGAUCACAAGAGCGUUCGAGGUUAUUGCAUCUAUGUACUUAUCCAAGUCGCUAAUAUAUCAGUCUGUGCCGGGGAAGAUCCUGUUUACCUCCACAUUAUUGUUGCUUAAUUAUGCAGUUGUCCUGUCUGGUUACGAUUAUUCACUGGGAUUUGGGAUUGCUUUUUCAUACUUCAAUGAUUGGCUGAUUUUCAAAGAAGGAUAUGAUAGUCCAUGUUUUGCCAAUUUAAUCCAACUAGUGGUUUUGGAUGCUUUGCAUACUCUAUACUAUGGGUUGCCAAGGAGCUCCACCGUUUGCUUUGCUAUUAAUACAGAUUUUAUUAAAAUUCUUUUACAAGAAAUUAGCUUCACUCCUGGAGUUGAUUUGGAGUGGCUCUCUGUCGGAUUACAUCUCGUUGUCUUGAGUAACAACCUCCAAGAGCUAGAUUCUCUGAACAAAUUAGAGACAAUUGUUAUUACUGGAACAGAAUACAAGUUUAUGUCAAUCAUUAAACUUUAUUACGAACUAUACGUAUACUGUAGUCAUUUGAAUGCGGAAUUGCAACGCAUUAUAUCCGCCCAUAACGAGCAAAGUGACUCAGACGUUUCUUUGACGGAUGAUUUCAAAAGAUUCAUAUACAAUGUGGAGUUGAAUUUAUCUAAGUUAUGCAAGAAACUAACGAAUUUGAUUGAUGAGCAGCUGGAUGAUAUUGAAAUGACAAAACCUAAUCCUAUGGUUGUGGUGGUGCUUGUCAGAUGUACCCAUAUUUCAAUCAACACUCAAAUAUUUGUCAGAUCGAUAAUUCAUUUGAACGAAGUGCUAGAUUUCAGUCACAGCAAAUCGAACUUCAACUUUUCCUCCAAUGCUCAGGCGAGGAGACAUGAAAACAGAAGUGGUAGUGACAGUUCAAUCAAUUCAUUUGGGAGCCUCAGUGGCAGUGGCGGAAACAAUUCGAUUACUGACUUUUCCAGCGUGAUCGGCGAUUGCAACCGGAGAUUUGCUAAGCUCAAUGAAAACGUUGCAAGCAAUCUCAACCGGUCCCAAAACAUUAAGCAGACGCAUCAGCAUGCACGCGAUAUAGUAAACAUGCUUAUCAACUCAAAGAAGCCCGAGAUCGUUGUUCCUCGGACCACCCUGCACAGCAGCAAAGGAGGGGUGGAUUACUCUGUUGUAAUCCAGAACUGGGUUCGGUUGGUAAACAUUUUCUUUUCGGGAGAGAUUACCAAAGAGGGUAUCAACGGAUGGAGUAAUGUUUAGGGAGAAAUGUCUUUUUUUUUGGUCAUGUCAUGUAUUGUAUAAUAUAUUCAUCAUGAAGCAAAUGAUUUUUCGGGAUGUUAUAGAUAUCGUCGCACGACACUGGCACCGGUUAGAUUUAUGGAAUUGGUAAAUUAAAGUUCACUAUACACUAUAUGCUAUACAGAUGCUAUACAAAUGUAAAAUUGGGAGGAGUUCACGACACAUACUGAACGGAGAAAGAAAGAGGGAAUACUGUUGAAAUUAAAAAACAUGCAUGGAAAUAAAUCAGUCAUAAUAUGGCUAAUGAUAAGUCCAGUAAGCUCCGGCACCCUGCUUAUAACAGACGGGUGCUGUUGGCUUUGCCAGUGAAGUUGGUGCCCUUUUCCGGGUUC